ACCAUAAGUAAUUGACCAAUUAUAUUCGAUUAUUCUUCUCACACUCAACUAUAAUUGGUCAGUUUUACUAACAACAUACUACUACAACCAUUGUAGACCUUGCUUUAGUGUCCCCUCCAUUUCCUUCUUGGUGGAGAACUUGGAGAACGGGGCCGCGUCUAUAUUCUGGCACCACUACCUCAGCCUGCAGAUGUUCAUUUGUUUUUAAAGUGCUGUGAAAUUAGAUUUGCACUGGGAUGAUUUGAUAACACGUGGUUUCGGUUAUAACCUUUUUCCUACGUUCAGAAUCAUUUUUUUCUCUAGACUAUCAUUCCCUUGCUCGAUAUAUAAGUUGAAGAAUCGUGAGGAUGCCGCGUCCCACAAAAAAUUUGAACAAUGACUUUGAGCCAAAGAAAGCUACUCGUCGUAUGCAGACUAAAAUGCAUAUAAAAAAUGACGUGAUGAAUCCUCCAUUACGCCGCAGCAACAGACUGAAGCAGAAUAAAUCUUUGCCAGUUUCUGAAAGUAGUAAUAAGAGUGUUAGCAGUAGUCGGGUAACCCAGAAUUUCAGAAAACGAACAGCAACUGUGAAUUCACAAGAACACUGUGAAGACACAAUGAAAAAACUACAUACCAGAAAACAUUCUAAUCAUUCAAAGAUCAAUGAGAUAAAUGUUAAGAUCCCUUCGAAAAAAACACUUCGAAAACGAACUGUAAAUCAAAGCUCAGAUGAUGCAAAUCUUGAAGGCACAUCUACCAACACUCGAGCAGUUAGGCAUGCUGAUUCCAAGAUACAAUCAACAUUGCCAGGAGCUAGAACCACACGCAAGAGGAAAGUUAACUCUUAUGACACAAAGGUGUUGCCUGAUCAAAAUAAGAGCCUAACUGGUUCCCCAAUUAAAAAGCGCAGGCAAACGUCCAAAUUGUCAUUGAGUUCUUCGGUCAAAGAGCAAAGUGGAUUGAAAGAGCAUGAACGAUUGGAUACUAUAAUAAUCGAAGCUACUAAUAACACAAAUUUAGAAAAAGAGACUUCAGAAGAUUCAGCAAAAUCAGAUGGAACACUGCAUUUUGGAGAGAACGAAGACAACGAUUUUAAUGAUAACGAUUCUGAUGACAGCUAUUUUGACGAUGAUUACAAUUACUGGGGAUACGAUUCUUACGAUGGUUACGAUUAUUGGGAUGAUUACGAUUACGAUAACAAUUCUGAUGAUGAUUAUUGGGAUGAUUCUUUUAAUAACAGUUCAGAUUCUUCAGAUGAUGACGAUGAAAAUAAUGAAGAAACAGAUCAUGGUAGAGAUAAUAAUUUAAUUAGGCCAUUGAGAUUUUUUCCAGUAUAUUAUCCAAUAUAUUACCAAUAUCCAGUAUAUUACCAAUAUCCAGUAUAUUACCAAUAUAUGUAUUACAUGUUAGCUGGGUUCAACAUAUUUUAGUAAUCCAAUACUGUUUUCUUUAAAAUUCAUUUAAAGAUUUGAUAGAGAAGAUAAAAAAGACCAAUGAAAAAAAAGAUAUGUAAGGUACGAAAAAAGCUACAAGUACAAAAAGAAAUUGGAGAUGACUAAGAUAAGCGCAUAUUGAUAUAGCAAAAAUGCGAACUGAAAAUGAAGAUAAUAAGACUACAAAGAAAGAAUAAAACGGUCAGAGAAGACGAAAAACAAAUUUGUUAGUUGCCAAAAGGAAGCAAUUUCUUCACAUGCCAGUAUACAUCUAAUACAUAAACUAUCCGAAAUUCAUAGAAGUAAGAACAAAUCUGUCGAUAUUUUGUCACGAAUUGAGAGCAGUGAUACCAAAGUAGGAUUUAGUAAAGAUUUUAUAAAGGUGCGAAAAUAACAAAAAAGUGAAUUAUAAUUGUGAUAAUUAAAAUGCAGUUCGAUAGUUUUUAUUUUACUAUUUGUGCAACAAUGCAGUUUUUAUUUUCCUAUUUAUAAAUUGGUUUCGUUCUCUUUUCAAGAGAAUCGUUUGUACCAUAUUGCAUCAUUCAAAAGGAAUUCGGAAUAGUAUGCACUCAGAAUGAUUGAAAGUUUGUUUGAUUUAAGGAACUAUGCAGUAACUAUAAGCUUCUGUGAUUAAUUUUUAUCAGUCAAUAGAAUGUCCUUAUUAGCCUUAUAGACAUUUAAUAUUGUUUUAAAUUUCUGUAAUGUCCAUUUUCAUCAGUAUAGAUGUAAAUUUUGAUCUCAAUUUGUGUUUUUAUUUUUUAUUAAUUCUUAGAAUAAUAAAAUUAAAUCAAAUUAAUUGACAGAGUUAAUCCACAUUCCACAUUGAUGGAAAUGGACAAAAGCGUUAUAGAUUAAGAAUAAUAGAUUACACGAUACUUAUAUAUCUUGGUUUCAAAAUUCAGUCAGUAUUGAAAAUCUAGAAUAUGCAUGAACUGUAGAUUUUCAGCACUGAUGAUAUAUAUAUUUAGAAUGUAACCUUUGACUGAGAUUACCCAGCAUACCAAAAUAAGAUUUCUGUUAUUAUUAAUGAUUUAGUUUAUCAUUUAUUUCAUUUACUAAUGUAUUUCCAAUCAGUUUCCGUUGAGACCUGUGCGAAAAAUAAAAGAAAAAUGAUUAAUCUUGAGCUUUUAUUUCUA